UAAAUCUAUUUAUUUAAAAAAUACAGUUAUAGGCAAAUAUGCUUCAUAUUAGAUAAAUGUAAAACUAAAGCCACAUCUAUCUAUCUAUCUAUCUAUCUAUAUCUAUUUUUGUUUUUUCUCCCAUUCUCUUUUUCUUCAAAACGUGCAGCAUUUAUGCUCCUACGAUUAAUAAAUCUACAGCAUGCAUGCUUCACUUUCUUUCACUCAAUAAAAAAAAAUGAAUAAAACUGGAAUAAAUUGUUGCUCGAACCUGUAUAAUAACGGAUAUUAAAGUUACGGCUGUAGUAGUCAAAGAGUUAAGAGUCUGUGUCCCAGCUGACAGUCAGCUGAUGGCCUUUGACAGUUGAGAAAAGUUUUGUUUCUGUAGGCUACUAAUAUGUUAAUUAGCUCUCUGAGUGUGCGACCCUAUUGGCUCUUCGUCCGAGUCAAUUUCCCAUUUCCAGCCUGACGUCAGGGCAGCUACAAUGCUCUUAAACUCAUCUGCUGUGUGAUCCCUCUAAAAAAUCGCCCCACCAGUCAGCGGCUUAUAACGUGCGAGGCUGCAUUUGCUCCCUUACUUUCGGCUUUUUCUCCCUCUCCGCUUGCGCAAUGUAUUCAUGAAGAAAGUGUUGAAUGUUUGAAAUACAAAACCGCCGAAUUUCACAUGCUGAAAAAGGACUCCGCUGCUCGUGUGCGCGGCACUGGUGUGUCUGUGCAAUAGACUCUGCAAAGAAAAACUACUCAUACACGCCUGCAAGUCCGUGGCUGCAAAAAGGGACGCUGAAAACCUCGUUUUUCAAUUUCAAGACAAACGCUUAAAAAUCAAACUGGCUCACGUUCUUCCCAACCAACCCAGUUUGACAGCUGCUCUUCAGCCCAUUUGGAGGACUGUCAGCAGCAAGAGGAUGGCAUCAGAGCUGGCAAUGAGCAACUCCGACCUGCCCACCAGUCCCCUGGCCAUGGAAUAUGUUAAUGACUUCGAUCUGAUGAAGUUUGAAGUGAAAAAGGAGCCGGUGGAGCCCGAUCGCAACAUCAACCAGUGCAGUCGCCUUAUCGCCGGGGGAUCCUUGUCUUCCACCCCGAUGAGCACGCCUUGCAGCUCGGUGCCCCCUUCCCCAAGCUUCUCGGCGCCCAGUCCGGGCUCGGGGAGCGAUCAGAAGACACACAUAGAGGAUUUCUACUGGAUGUCCGGUUAUCAACAGCAGUUGAAUCCAGAGGCGCUGGGCUUCAGCCCCGAAGACGCAGUCGAGGCGCUGAUCAACAGCAGUCACCAGCUCCAGUCUUUCGAUGGCUAUGCCAGGGGCCAGCAGUUUGCUGGCGCUGCCGGAGCAGGAGGCACCAUGGCCGGAGAAGAGAUGGGGUCCGCCGCAGCCGUGGUGUCGGCAGUUAUCGCUGCCGCAGCCGCUCAGAACGGCGGGCAACACCACCACCACCACCAUCACCACCACAACAGCAGCAGCGGCCACCACCAGGCACCCGGCGUCCAGUCCAACGGCACUUCUGGGACAAAUCACCCACACAUGCGCUUGGACGACCGGUUUUCAGACGACCAGCUGGUAACCAUGUCAGUGCGGGAGCUCAACCGGCAGCUACGGGGGGUCAGCAAGGAAGAAGUGAUCAGAUUGAAACAGAAGAGGAGGACCCUUAAGAACAGAGGCUACGCUCAGUCCUGUCGGUUCAAGCGGGUCCAGCAGCGGCACGUCCUGGAGGGGGAGAAGACGCAACUCGUGCAGCAGGUCGAGCACCUAAAGCAGGAGAUCUCCAGGCUGGUCCGGGAGAGGGACGCGUACAAAGAAAAGUAUGAGAAGCUCAUCAGCAACGGCUUCAGAGAAAAUGGAUCCAGCAGUGACAACAACCCUUCAUCUCCGGAGUUUUUCAUGUCUUCAAGAAAAUUCCUCCAUCUGUGAUUUCAAGCCCCAUUCCUCCGUGCCCUUGGCUCCUUGAGGUAAAACACAUCUUACUCUCAGCUUUUUUUGUUUUUCCUUCUCCUGUAGUUCUAACCUUAUGACAGUGAGUGAAACAAGUCCACAAAAUAUUAGUCCUGUAAAAGAAAAUCAGAAUUGUAAUAACAAUACCAAAUAUAAUUAUUAAUAUGUACUGGUGUGGUUGACUCUAUUCUCCUAUUUUAUCACUGCACAAUUAAACCCAUACUGAAUAUUCAUUAAUAUCAUACUCCCAUUAAUACAGCCACUAGAUGCAGUACUGAAUGUUCUAUAGCAUACUGCAUGUCUGUAAGGCUUCCAUAAUGGCUACAUAAUGUACCGUAGUUUGUCAAUUCCUAUUCAUAUGCUGAAGAGCAUACACCUUCUUUAUGUUCACAAUAUCUCUCUCCAUCACAUCUCUCUCUAUCUCCCUAAUACAAUGACUAUACAGAGUACUGUAUGCAUUUUCCCACCUUAUUUAAAUCCACAAAGAAAAAAAAUAAAAAUCCAGCAACACAGAUAUGAAGUUUUCAGGCCUCCUGAAUCAACAGCACAACCAGCAGAUUAUAGCCACUCAUUCAAAUGUAUAUUACAUGUUCAGAUUUUGCGUGAAAAAGGCAAGAGAGAAAAAACCGGAGCAUCUCGGACAACAGGCGAGGCAGAGUGAAGAAUAAGCUUAUAGUCCUGAAAUCAAUUCACAGAGACAGAGAGGAACCUGGGCAAAUGUAUAUUGCAAGUCCAAUUGUUCCUGUAAUGGUUUCACUGAUUGUUCUAUAGCAAACCGCUUGGUCAUGACACAUAAGGAUGAGAGGUUCGAGCUUGUAUUCAGGACUACUGUCCACCUUGGUGAAGCAAAAAUGUAUGAGUGUGUGCGCGUGUGUCUCUGUUUGCGUGUACAUGUAUUUGUAUCCCGUGUUAUUUACUUGAUUGUGUCUAAGUGGGGCGUGGGAUCAGUAGCUGGCCUUUCUCCAGCUCCACUUAACUUCAGUAGGGGAAGCAGGACAAAAGCCAUCGGGGAAGACAAGGACAAAUCAUCUUUAGAUGAAGUGUUUUAAGUGCUCUGAUUCUCCUCCCACGUCAUCACUGUGAAUUAGGUGCCCUCUGCUCACUGCUAAGGGGUGUAGAAUAUAAACAAUGCCAAAGGAACGGAUGUUAAACGAAUGAAAGUGGAAAACCAUGAGGGUGUCAAUCUUAGUCAGCCUCGUAAAUCUCAGUUCCCUUGCCAUGCCGCUGCGCUGUACCAAUGUUGCACUCUGACAACCUGCCAGCUGAGCUUAGAGGGGCUGCAUGCGGUGUGGUCUGGUCGAUCCUGUUCUUAGCGGUUUCAGCUAUGGCAGACGUGGCAGGCAGAGCCAUGUCUUUGUUUUAUGCAAAUCCAUGCAUAUGAGGAGCGGGGAGGGCGAUGAGCAGUCUGGCCACGUAGCUCCAGGAGGACAGGCUGAGUGAUGGAGACGGAGAGCCAGGUCUCGGUGUCCUUGCCUGGGGAAAGAGUGUCCUGACUCCGGCCUGGACUGCCUAGACACCAUCAGGACACUGUGUCACUGCGCCCCUACCCUACUAACACAAGAGAGAAAGACUUUCCCAAGCACUAAUGUAUUUACACUGAGAGAUGUUGAGAUGGCGAGGAGAUAAAGAGAGGUUAACAUUGAUAUGAGACUGCCAGUGUGUCUCACCUGUGACUGGUGUGUGUGUGUGUGUUACGAAUGCAGGCGCACCUCGGGGGUUCGCCAUGCAAAAAGGCACUGGAGUUCAGAGCCCAGCAGGGGGUUGAAGGACCCAGAAUAUGCUGACAAAGAUAAAACGCCAGGUGUGUGUAUAGGUGCUGUAAGUGUGUGAAACAGGCUGUGAGAGAGAGAGAGAAAGAGAGAGAGACAGAUCAGUGUAAAUAUAUAUUAGGGAAGCAGGCUGGUGUAUGUGUGUUCAUGAAUGUGUGCAUGUCUGUGUGUAUGUGUUUCACAUAGUCAUUAUAUAAAAGGUAGGCAAUGCCACCACCCAUGUGGCUGCUGAAAAGCAGGGUGGUUUGGGUGAAACUUGCUGAAAUAGUCUCACCCACACACCACAUCCAGACACAACGAUCCAUUUCCCAUCUUCACAAGUGUCUUUUGCUUCUUGAUAUCAGUGAAGUUCAU